AUGGAUUACAGAAGGUUGAACAAGGCCACCCGAAUAGACCAUUUUCCACUGCCUUUAAUUGAUCAGAUGUUAGAUAGAUUGGCGAGGAGGUCCCAUUUUUUCUUCAUGGAUGGAUACUCGGGGUAUAAUCAGAUCUCUAUUGCCCCGGAGGAUAGAGAUAAAAUGUCGUUCACCUGUCCGUAUGGCAUCUAUGCCUUUUGGAGAAUGCCGUUUGGCCUAUGCAAUGGACCCGCCACAUUCCAAUGGUGCAUAAUGGCUAUGUUCACAGAUAUGGUAGAGGACAUAAUGAAGGUUUACAUGGAUGACUUCUCGGUGGUGGGGAACGCAUUUGAUGAGUGCCUAAUAAACUUGAAAAGAGUAUUGAAGAGGUGUAUGGAGACUAAUCUGGUACUGAACUGGGAAAAGGUAGCUUUUGAGGAGUUGAAGAAGAGGUUGGUGACUGCACCAAUUAUAGUGGCACCUGACUGGGAGCAACCUUUUGAGCUGAUGUGUGAUGCAAGAAAUUAUGUUGUGGGAGCAGUUCUUGGGCAGCGAAAAGAUAAAGUCAUGCAUCCAAUCUACUACGCAAGUAGAACCUUGAGUGGUGCCCAACUAAAUUACACAGUGACCGAGAAGGAGAUACUAGCAGUGGUGUUCGCAUUUGACAAAUUCAGGUCAUACCUGGUAGGCUUGAAGGUAAUUGUUUCUACUAACCAUGCUGCUCUCAGGCUGGAAGGAGCAGAGAAGAAGGUUGAGGUGGAAGAGAUUGUAGAGACUUUCUCGGAUGAACAACUGUUGGCCACGAGCCUUGAGGUAUCGCCAUGGUAUGCAGACAUUGCAAACUACCUGGCGAGCGGUUUGUCACACAUCCCCAUAUGGUGGCCAUUUCGGGGGAGUAAGGACAACUGCGAAAGUUUUGGAGUCAGACUUCUACUGGCCUUCAAAGAUGCACAUCUCUAUGUGAAGGGUUGUGAUGAAUUCCAAUGGAUCGGGAAUAUUUCUCGCCGACAUGAGAUGCGCAUGAACCGAAUACAGGAGGUGGAAGUGUUUGAUGUAUGGGGAAUCGAUUUCAUGAGGCCUUUUGUCAGCUCAUAUGGAAACAAGUAUAUACUUGUAGCUGUGGACUAUGCUGAUGCAGAAGGGCUUCAGACAGUUGAUUUGAGUGCUACUGAUGGUACUAUUGCAGAGGAGCCACGACUAGCCGCUGUGACCGAGUGGCUUAAUCCCGGGUUUUCUUUAAACCACGGAUCUUUUUCGAGGAUGCAGUUUCUUGAACUAGGGAUAACUUGCGCGGAAAAUGAUCAAAUGAGAGAAAAAUUGGUGAAAAAAAGAGCUGAAGAGAAAAGUCCCGGACAGCGAAGCGGGGGUCACUUCGCCAGAUCGGGAUUGAAGCAGAAGAAACCAGGAAAGUCCCGGACAGUGAAGUGA